UCAAAAUCAGUUUCACACACAAUUCCAAACUCGUCGUAUAUACCUCACAGUAGAGAAACAUUUAGUUUUUUUGUAAUUUUUGUCCAAUAAUUUUUUAUAACUUCCUAAUUUGAUAACAGUGAACGUUUCUCAAAUACAUAAGAUAACUAAAAUCAUCAUGAUCAUCCCAAUUCAAAGAGAAGGAAGCAACUCCGUCCCACUGAGCCACCCAACUUCCUUCAAAACUACUUCCGCCCACACAUCCAAAAAAUCUGUCAGAAUCACUCCAAAAAUUACAGAAAUUGAAAUGCGACCCCAGACUCGACCUGUGGUCGUCCAGCCGAAGCAGCAGGAAAAUUUUAAACCUGUCAGUAUUCUGUCAUCAUCAAAGUCUCACGACUGGAGUGACAUGUCAAACUCUGCCCUCAAGAUGUUUGAAGCCAGCAACAAGAGAUGGGCGGCAGAGAAUAACGUUGAGAACAACUUUCUCGUCCCUUCUUUCAACACUUCUACGCAAAGUUUGUUCAAGGACAACAAGUUUGACAACUUUUCUAAUCGGAUCAUGACGCCCAUGUUUCAGGAUCAUCCCAUCAAAAUUGAGACCUUUGUCACAGAAUCGGAUCGAUACGUGUUAACGCUGGAUGUGAGACAGUUUAAGGCGGAGGAGAUUCAGGUGAAGGUGGCUGAUGAGACAAUCAGCGUUUCGGGGAAGCACGAGGAGAAGCAGGACGAGGGAAACUUCAGUUAUCAGGAGUAUUCCAGGAAGCACUCACUGCCUCCCGGCGUCAGAGCGUCCGACGUCAAGUGCGUCCUAAGUUCGGACGGGAUUCUCACCAUCACCGCUCCCAGAAAGGAACAACCAGCACUUCAACAAAGCGAAAGGACGAUUGCAAUCAAACACUCUGGACUGCCGGCCAUCCGUGUUUAGCACCACUUUUUUUUCGUUUUUCUGAAAACUUAUGUAUUAAACAAUUUCGCAAUGUAUAUAUCUCCUGUAAUACUUUUUAAUGCACGGAAGAGAUAAAUAAACUGGUACACAUUACGCAUUCACCAAAAGUCUUCAAUAAAA